AUGGUGGCAGUAAAUCAACAGCCUAAAGCAAGUGGCGGAUCAGCCCUGAAGAGACUCAAAAAAUCAUUGCAAGUUGCCGGUGUCGUUGGUCAGACAUCCAAAGCUAGUCGAUCCAAGAAGGAUCGCAAGAGAGGUGCUCCUACUGAAGCAGGAAAGAAUGACGCUGACAAGAAGCUCUCGCUCAUCCGUGGUGAAUUCAAUCCCUUUGAACAAAAGCACCAAAAAACAAAGUUUGAAAUCCUCGGCAGAAAGAUGAAGGGUACAUCUGGAAAGCCUACAUUGAGCAAGCAAAUUGGCGAAGAGAACCGUAAGAAAACUCUCUUGGUUGAAAUGAAGAACAAGCAUCGCCGUGGCGGUAUUAUCGAUAAGCGUUUUGGCGAGAACAACCCCAACAUGACACCUGAAGAGAAGAUGUUGGAGAGAUUCACUAGAGAAAAGCAAAGGUCCACUCGCACAACUGGUGGCUCUAUGUUCAACUUGGAAGACGAUGAUGAAGAUUUAUCACUGACCCAUUAUGGCCAAUCACUGUCUAACAUGGAUGAUUUUGAUGAUGCUGGUCUUGGACUCAGUGACGACGAGGAUGACAGAAAGCAAAUGGAUGGCAAGAUUGUGUCUCGUUUGCAUUUCGGUGGUUUCGAAGACGAUGUGCCUGAAGGAGAGAACGAGAGACACAAGUCAAAGAACGAAGUUAUGAAGGAGAUAAUUGCAAAGAGCAAGAUGCAUAAACUCGAGCGUCAGACUGCAAAGCAAGAGGAUGAUGACAUGCGUGAGGAAUUGGAUGAUGAGCUCAAUGAUAUUCGUGGUCUCUUGAACACCAAGCCUGCUCGUAAGCCAUUGCCUUCCCAAAAUGCUCUUUUCAAAAGAAAUGAAAACGAGAACCCUACCAGCAAAUUGGAUGAAACUUUGGACGAUUACUCUGAUUAUGAUAAAGCGAUCCGUGAGCUAGCCAACGACCAACGUGCUCAAGCUACUGAUCGUACAAAGACUGAAGAAGAGCUCGCUCUGGAAGAGAAGGAACAACUUGAAAAGGCUGAACGUGCAAGAAAAAGACGUAUGGAAGGUCUUGAUUCGGACAGCGAAGAUGAAGGCUCCAAGAAGAGAUCUCACAAGAAGAGAAAGGGUGUCCCUCAGGGUGAUGAACUUGAUGAUGAUUACCUUGCUGAAUUAGAAGAGGAUGUGAAUCAGCUUGGUCAGGGUCUGACAUUGGAGGACAUUCAGAACGGAUUAGUCGAUGAAGACGAGGAUGAUGAAGAAGAGGGCAGCGAGGACAAUGAAGAUCGAGAAGAGGAUGACGACGAAGAAGGCAGUGAUGACGAAGAAGAAGAAACAGACAAUGAAGACAUUGAGGAUAUCGAAGAGGACGAUGACCAGGUUCCAGUGUUUGGCGAAGACAAUGGCGAGGAUGACAUGAAUGAAUUUGGCAAGUCAGGUGUUGUUCAGCCCAAAAAAAAGAUAUCCGCAGCUAAAUCAGAGAAGCGAGAGAUCCCUUUCACCUUUGAAUGCCCCACCACACACGAUGAAUUCUUGGAGAUCCUUCAAGGCUUGAGCGUCGAGGAUUCCGUUAUUGUUACCAAGCGUAUCCGAGUCUUAUAUCACAUCAAGUUGGCACAAGAAAACAAGGCAAAGUUAGCGCAGUUUUUGGGUGUGCUUGUCGAUCACAUGGCCUAUGUUGCUUCUACAGAGUCACCUUUACCAACUCAAGUGCUUGAACAUCUUGGAAACCACGUAUUCGAACUCGCCAAGCAAUUACCAGAACCAGCAGCAGAAGUGUUCAAUGUUAAACUCAAGAAGAUGCAGUCUGAAAUGGCUAAAAAGAUGAAACACAGUGGAUCCGCAUGGCCCGAUGUUGAAGAUCUAACCUUAUUACGCUCUAUUGGUCAAAUAUUCUCCACAUCUGAUUUGAGCCACCCCAUCGCCACUCCAGCAUUGUUGUUUAUGUGUCAUGCUUUGGCCCAGUGUCGCAUUCAAUCUGAGGUCGAUAUUGGCCGCGGUCUAUUCCUCACUUUAUUGGCCUACGAGUAUCAAAAAGUUUCCAAGCGAUUCAUACCAGAAUGUCUUAGUUUCUUAAACAGAUGCUUUGUCAUUUUGGCACCCAAAUCCGCGUUCAAAGACAAGCAGCAAAUCCCAGGGUCUUUCCCCAUUCCCGAUGAAAAAACUGGAGGUCUUUCCAUCAAGAACCCUAGCGGACAAAACAUAGAGUCUAUAUCUUCUGUGCAAUUAGAAACGUUAGCAACAGAGGCUGAAGCCAGUGGAGAUGACAAUGUGAAACUCUCGUUGUUGCAAGGCUCUCUCCGUAUGUUUGAGCGCUAUCUUCAAUUGUAUGCUGCUACACCAGCAUUUUUGGAAGUCUUCCAAGAUACCUUAGAUUUGUUACAACUGCUGGAUCUUGAAGAAUACAGUUGGCACUCAGAUAUUAAGAAUUUGAUGAGCACUGUCAAGAGUCGUUUGGAACGACAAAUCAAGUUCUGUAUAGAGAAGCGUACCAAAACACCACUCAGAAUGCAACAGCAUCGACCCAUACCCAUUGCCCAGCAUUUGCCCAAGUUCGAGAAGGCCUACUCCAUGGAUAAACAUUACGAUCCUGAUCAUGAGCGUUCUCAAAUGCACAAGCUUGAGUCUCAAAUCAAGAAGGAAAAGAAGGGCGCUUUGCGCGAACUUCGUAAGGACAAUCAAUUCAUUGCUAGAGAGAAGGCCAAGGAGCGCAAACAUAAGGACGAUGAAUACAAUAAGAUGGUGAAGGGUGUGAUGAACAUCUUGGAGGGCGAACAGUCGGAAAUGAAACGUCUAGAACGAGAAAAGGGCAAGAAAUAA